AUGGUCCUACAUCAAGUCUGUUCACAAACCUUCGGAAACCUGGAUCCAUUGAAAUACGAGAUAUUGGCAGAAGGCCCUCAAACGAAAAAAGCUUGUAUCCUCACCAUCUCUCGUCCAAAUGGAUCUUCCCGCUCUUACACUUGCAACGCGGAAUUCUCUCGUAAGGCAGAAGCCAAAGCUGCUGUAGCGUCCGCGGCAAUAGACCUGGGUGCUCUCGAUUUUAUCAGAGAAGGAGCUCCAGACCACGCCAGCAUAAAGAGAGGUCUCAUUCUUGCCCCUCUGGAUGCGCCGAGCACUCUUGAUCAUGAGACUUCUCUUGAGGGAGAAGUCCGCCAAGAUGCUGAGACUCAUGUAGCAGUGAAGCAGAUAGAGGAUUGUGCUAAGGAAUGGCGUGCUGGUCGCGUGAAGCCUUAUUGGGUUGAGCUCUCGGAACAGAAGCUUGUAGGAAGCAAGUUGGAAUUUCUCCGAGGUUGCGCAUUGCGCAUCCAGCUUUCACCUCACUCGGUGAAAGUAUUCUCGACCCCUAUCCAAUACGGCGAGUACGCAGACGCCAAAAUAGCCUGUGCUCUAGAAGCGAUCAAACAGGGUGUCCUGGAGUUCAUCAUGCACGGGAAUGGUCAGACACGCCCGGCUGACGCGAAUCCGCUUCUCGAGCCGGACGAAGAACAAAACGCCUCCACAUCAUUAUCUGCCGCUGUCUCCCUCCAAGGCUUUUUCGAUUCUUUACCUCGACCUUUCCCUGAACCCAUCGAAGGCAAGACUGUGCAGGACAUCAACGCUCCGGCUUGGCUACACGGACUCGUGCAAGCUGCGAGAGGUGCUCGCUUACGAUUGAAUUUUAUCUGGACUAUAGAACCCAAAUAUGGCUUGCAUGGUGCUGUGCUCCGCGUCGAGAGCCCUCAUGAUUGCAAGACAUUUAUGGUCGACCCAGGUUUUCCGAAACGCGUGGACGCCAAAACUGCCGUUUGUCUUCUCGCCAUGUCCCAAGGCGUCGGGAAACACAUUCGCCAACUUGGCGAAGAAGUCGGCAGUAAGAUCACACCUGAGAUGAGACAAGACGCACAAUCUAUCAUACCUCUUCUCACCGCCGAAUAUAUGAAGAUCUGGCCCGAAAAAUGUCCCGACCCGUAUUCAUACUCGAGAGAGCAGGACGCCAUAGGAUGCACCUUAACACUCCGCCUCUCGGAAGACGAACAUCGCUCAUGGACAGUGCAGCCAGAAUAUAGAAAAAAUAACGACGCCAAAAUCGCCGUCGCCAUAUCAGCUUUUCAAGAGGGCGCCAUCGAGUAUCUACGCUUCCGAGGCCAGUCACCGCCUCCCGGAUACGUCGUUCAAUUGCCGUCGAGAGUGGGUAAUGCAGACGGUGGUACGAACGAGGUAACCGGGAAGAAGCGUAAGGCUCCCGGAGAUUUCAAUGAUUCCGCGCAGAAUAAGCGACAAAAGGGAGAUUCUCGCGGCCAUUCCUCUCGUUCGCCCACAAACCACCGUGACUUUAAAAAGUCGAAAUACGACAGACGUGUUGGCGGGAAAGGCGCUUGGAGCAGGCCCAACCAUGCCGGUCCUCCCUCAGGUAGUCGUGCGUCUGGUUCUUGGAACAGAGAUACGCGACGACCUGACUGGGGACCCGCACACGGUGGCCCUGGGUUCGGUCAAUAUGAUUCUCGUCCGGGACCGUCGGGUGGUUUGAACGGCGACACUAUUCCCUAUGUGCCUAAGCCCUAUGGUGGCUUGCCUCCCCCUCCCCCUCCCGCUCUUCCGGCACACCUGCCUCAUCCUCCUCAUCUUGCUGUCCAGACUUCGAAAGAAGACACUCGUGCUCCGCCACCCAAGGCAGACCCACCGCGAAACGAAAGAUCAGAGCGUAUUUGGGAGCCUGGUCCACAUGCUUCUGUUCCGCCGCGUCCACAUCAGCCUUCGAAAGGCCAGCGUGGGCCUGAGACUAAACAGGGCCCUGCAUCUACCCCGCACAUGUAUCAAACUGCGUCGACGAGGGAGCAGAAGAGGGACCACUCGCAGCAUUAUAAUGAAAAACAGCAGCAGCAGCAGCGGACCUCUUCUUCCCGCCUCCCCGAUGGUCCCCGUCGGAGUGUAGUUCCCUCGAAGCCUGUUGUCAUUUCCUCUACUCCAUCGACGAAAUCGAUGCCUGCUUCAAAAGCAUUAACUCAUACCGUUCCUGCCUCAAAAUCAAUGACUCCAGUCGUGUCCACGUCUAAAGCCGUCCCUCCUAGUGCUCCUCCGGUUGUAAGACAGCCCAUCGCUCCACGGCCUGUUAUGAAAGCUUCUGUGCCUCAUACCACACAUUCGGUAACCCAGGAGGCUGCAAAGAAUAAUUCGGCUCCGCCCGUCGCGUCUACCAGCGCGCCCUCAGUCCCAGGGGCAGUUCGACCUAAGCAGAGGACGAUCGCUGCGCCGAGGGUCUCUGUACGUCCAGGGACAUCUUCUGCAGACCGGCCCACUGCGACGAAACCCUCGGCGCCACAAGCGGUGUCUACUAGCGCGCCCUCAGCGACAGUUCCACCCGCGAAGGUGACGGCCACACCUAUACCAUCUCAGGCAAAGACCUCGUCAUUCAGAUCCGCUCUCCUUGAAUACUGCUCGAAGAACAGCCAAGCGCAGCCUCAAUUCUUCAGUGCGGAAGAUACUGGUAAGGCAGAUGGUGGGAGCAAGCAGUACAAACUCUGGGCCGUCAUGGGCAAGGAGAAGAUGGAGCUGCCGAAGACGUUUCCGAAUGUUGCGGAGGGCCACGAGCGGUUGGCGAAGCAGAUUUUGAAAAGGAUGCAUGCGCAGAGUCAGAAGCCCAAGGCUUAGGCUUGAUGGAAGGAAGGGAUCUCGAGUUUAUCCUCUAUACUUUGUUUCGACGUUUUCUUGGAUGCUGUCUUCGCCAGCAGUACUCUUGCUUUGAAC